GCGAAAAAAAAAAAGGAAAAAAGACUCAUCCCUUCCUCACCCUUUUCUCCUUUCUUCUCCUAAUGUCUUUGAAGCCAUGAGAGAAGCAAUGAAGAUAUUCUUUAUCAUAGUCAUAGCCAUGGCUUUAGCUGUUAAGAGUUACAGUACUGAGGAUCAUUCUAUGUUUGCAAGGAAAUUCAUUUCCGCGAAAAGGGUAAGUCGAUUUCUUGCUGAUGAGAAGAACCCAAGAGCUUCAGACCAUUGCCACAAAGACAAUGAUGUAUGCUAUGAAGAUGGGAGUGAAGAAACUACUUGCUGCAACAACAAAUGUGUGGACUUGAAGAAUGACUCCAAGAACUGUGGAUCCUGCAAGAAUAAGUGCAAAUAUACUUACACAUGUUGUGAUGGUGAGUGUGUGGAUCUGUCUUUCGACAAGAGGCAUUGUGGAGAAUGCGACAAGAAGUGUAUGACUGGAGGCUACUGUAUAUAUGGGACGUGCGAUUACGCUUAAAACCUUUUGUGGAUCUCUCCGCUUACUGUUAUGAGAUUCGUCAUUCAUUUGGUAUAGAAUAAAAGACCACUUAUAACGACUGUGUGGUAAUAAAAUUCAUAUAAACUAUGACUAGUUCAUGAUUUACAUAUG